CUGCAGUGAGCAACCACAUACACAAAGCAACAUGCUACUGCAGCCUUAUAGCCUAAUGGCUCAUGCCUUCCUUCUCUUCCUCUUAUUCCCUUACAUUAUAUCUACAAAUAUACAUGCCUGCAAACCAACUGAACGCAGCUCCCUCAUGUCCUUUGCCUCCACUCUAUCUUCUCCUCCUUUAAAUUGGACAUCCCUUGAUUGUUGUCAUUGGAAGGGCAUCACUUGUGAUCAAGAUGGUUCGAUCACCCAUUUGCUCUUGCCUUCCAAAGGGCUCAAAGGAGGUAUCCCUCCCUCUUCACUUAGAAAUCUCACACAUCUCACCCACUUGAACCUUUCCCACAAUUCACUAUAUGGUUCACUUGAAACUCAGUUCUUCUUGUCUUUGAAUCGACUUGAGAUCCUUGAUUUGAGCUAUAACCGUCUUUCUGGAGAGCUACCACUUUCUCUACCAUCCAGCAGUAUCCAGACAGUUGAUUUGUCCAGCAAUCACUUCUUUGGUGCAAUUCCAUCUUCAUUCUUCCAACAAGCUAGCAACUUGACAAGUUUCAAUGUCAGCAACAAUACCUUCACCGGGUAUGUUCCGUCCUCUAUUUGUCUCCAUUCUUCUCCCUCCCUUAGGCUAUUGGAUUUUUCUUCCAAUCUAUUUAGUGGCAACCUUGCUCUUGGGCUAGGAAAGUGUUCCAAAUUGCAGGUUUUUCGUGCCGGUCAUAACAACCUCUCUGGAUUACUUCCAGAAGAUAUCUAUAAUGCUACCAAACUUGAAGAAAUUUCAUUACCUGUCAAUUCACUACAUGGAGCCAUUAGUGAUAGAAUUGCCAACCUUACCAACCUUGCAAUCCUUGACCUCUACUUUAAUCAUUUUGGCGGCGAGCUUCCUCCCAAUUUGGGGAAGCUCUCCAAGUUGAAAUUCGUGAUCCUUGAUUUGAACAAUUUAGAAGGUAAUUUGCCCCCAUCGUUGAUGAAUUGCACAAACCUUGUGGAACUGCGUUUGGGAUCCAACAACUUGGAAGGAGAUAUCUCCAUUCUUGAUUUCUCCAGACUUAGUCAACUUACUAAACUGGAUCUAAGGAACAAUAACUUCACUGGUACAGUUCCAGUAAGCCUUUACUCAUGUAAGCCCCUAAAAGCCAUUGCAUUGGGUAGAAAUCAUCUAAAGGGACAAAUAGAAGCUGAGAUUCUUUCAUUGAAAUCCUUGUCCUUCCUCUCGCUUGGUUACAACCGAUUCACCAACCUCACAGGGGCAAUGAAGAUAUUGAUGAGUUGCAAAAGUCUUCACGCACUCAAGCUUACUGGUGCCUUUAAAGGUGGGAGAAUGCCAUUUGAUGAUGAAAUGGUUGAUUUUGACGGAUUCCAAAAUCUUCAGCUCUUCAGUUUGGGUCAUUGUGGCCUCAUUGGUCAAAUACCUGUAUGGUUAUCAAAGCUCAAGAAUUUAGAGAUAUUGCUCUUGGGUAGUAAUCAAAUCACAGGGCCAAUUCCAAGUUGGUUGGGGACUCUUCCUAGACUAUUUCAUAUAGGCUUGUCAAACAACCAAAUUUCAGGUGAAUUUCCAAAGCAACUUUGUAGACUACCAAGGUUGAUUUAUGAACCUAAUAUUGCAUCUCAAGCAGAAGACCAAUAUGAAUUUGAAUUGCCUGUCUUCACCACCAUAAAUGGUGUAAAUCAUCGUUUUCUACCAAAAAAAAGGUCUUCUUUUCCAGCAAUGAUAGACGUAUCUAACAAUAACAUUAGUGGUUAUAUACCUGCUGAGAUUGGCCAAUUGCAGCUUCUCCAGGAGUUGGAUCUUCACUCUAACAACUUCUCUGGAGUCAUUCCAGACCAAAUAUCUAACCUAAAAAAUUUAGAGGUUUUGAACCUCUUCAUGAAUCACUUGUUUGGAAUAAUCCCAUUGUCAUUGGUGAACCUUAAUUUCUUGAGAGAAUUUAAUGUCUCCUACAAUAAUCUUGAAGGACCAAUACCAACAGGCACCCAGCUCCAAAGCUUCGACGCUUCUGCCUUUGAGGGGAAUCUAAAACUUUUUGGUGCACCACUUCUAAAUGAGUGCAUACCAAAUAAGGACAUGGAUGCAGAUAACAAGAACAACAAAGACGAGGGCAAUGGGCAUCAUCAACUUCCAUGGUUUUAUAUUUUUGCUAUGUUGGGAUUCAUAGUAGGAUUUUGGGUAGUCUGUGGUUCUUUAGUUAUUAACAACACAUGGAGAUAUGCGUAUUUUCUAUUCAUAGACAAUCUACAAGAUAGGCUCAUAACAAUCUGCAUCAACACGAUGAAAAGAAGGCUUAGAGACUAAAUAUAUAUUAUUAAUAUUGUAAUUUUUAUUUUGUA